AACGCCCUCUGGCGAUCACCCGGUCAAAAAUGAUAUGACAGAACGCCUGUGGACGUUCGAUUUUUCCUAUGCAUAUAGCCAGAACGCCCAACGGCGAUCAAUUUUGCAUUCAAGUUUAUGAAAGUCCAUGUUUUAGUGUCACGGUAUAUGCAAUUCAAACCGUCCUACUGUCACCGCGUAGUUUCAAAAUUAUCUUCCGAAGAAAGGUCCGUCACCCACACAAUGACAUUUUUAAAACUAUUCCUUUCACGCACACUACGCCCGUGGGCGUCGUGUUUGUAUACAAAUUGACGAGUAGUGUGCAGCGUGCAGGCGCCGCGAAACGUCACGGAUUUUGUUUCGCGCCCGGAUUCUAAAAGAUGGCGAAAAGAAAUACCUACGAAGAACAACAAAAACGACUUCAAGACUUGUUCGAUGAAGCUUCUACACCUGAGUCCAGUCAAGAUCCAUAUGCUGAUGAUGGGGAGUAUGGUUCUGAUCUUGACUAUCAACCCAGUGACUUGGAAUCAUCAAGUUCCGAGGAUGCAACGAGCCGCCCAAAAUCAAGGCGUGUACAGAGAACUGCAUCUAUACGCUCUGGUGAGUCAGCUUCAUCGUCGUCAUCUUCGACUUGUGAUCAAGUUGAUGACCUUACUUCCUGUUGUUCUGAUACCGAGGAAGGUAGAAAUGUUUCAAAUUCUAUAUAUCAAAUAAAAACACCCGCUGUCUCACCAUCUAAUAUCAGUAGGGUUGAGUCUUUAGGUGUCGAACAACACUCACAUGUGGCUCAGGACCAAAAUGAUAAUAUUGAAGCAAGCCUAAACUACAUUUCAUUCGAGAGACCGGCGUCUGUGUCUCUGAAAUGUGAUGAGCAUAUAAAUGAGGAACAAUGCUCAAAUAUAUUCCAAAAUAGUUCUAGUGCUAAUGAAAAUAAUAUUGAAGGUAUUUCCAAUCCCGAUGCCUCGGAAAUUCAAAUGCAUGUUUCUCAGUUAGUCAAUGACUCUAGAAAUGUCGAAGUACAACCAAAUGUGACGCAAAAUACUACAACUAACCGACACUCAGCCAGUUGCAUUCCUAGAAGAGAAGAAGUACCUCUCCCAGAAGCACCAUGGUCAACUACAGUUACUACUGUACCUGAUUUCAAUUUUGACAGAUCAAAAUGCGGGAUAACAGUGAAUAUUGAUAACAAGGAUAAUGUUUUGGAUUUUUUCCAUCUUGUUUUUCCUCAAAAUUUCGUCGAAUAUCUUGUAAACUGCACUAACGCUUAUGGGAAUGCUUUAUGUAAUACUGACAGACCCCAUACGAGACACAGUCGCAAAGCAGUGUAUCGUGAAACCAAUUCUGAAGAAAUUAUAAAAUUCCUUGGUCUCAGUCUUCUCAAAGGUAACAUAAAGACACCGAAUCAAAGAAGUCUAUUUUCACUUUCCGAUGUCCUUUAUUAUCAUCCCAUUUUCAACUAUGUAAUGUCUGGAAGAAGGUAUGAGCAAAUUUUACGAUGUCUAUGUGCAUCCGAAUUGAAUGCUCAAGGCGAAAAUAAGAUAUUGAAGUUUAUUGAUAUGCUGACACUGAACUUUAGAGAAGUCUAUAACCCCAGUGAAGAAUUAUCAUUGGAUGAAUCUCUUCUUUUGUUUCGGGGCCGUUUACACUUUCGUCAGUACAUAAAAUCCAAAAAAGCACGCUAUGGCAUAAAAUUUUACGAACUUACAACACACGAUGGUUAUGUGUGUAACAUUAAAAUGUAUUCAGGAAAAGAAGCGACAGAACAGAAUGAAUCUGAGUCCAAGACUCCAGUACUGAUGAUAGAAACCAUAAGGAAUUGAGGGAAAGUCUUAAAAAAUACAGCAAAUAUGU